CGAUGAGAGAGCGCUCGCUCGAUCGAUUUGGCGGCGCGGUAUUAAACCUCCUGCGCAACCUUCCCCCUUCCUUUUAGCUGAACGUGUCAGCCAUGGCCCCGCCGAAAAGACAGGUGGUCAAGAAACAGGGUGGAAAGAGGAAGAAGCAGAUCCUGAAGUUCACCCUGGACUGCACUCACCCUGUGGAAGAUGGCAUCAUGGACGCUGCCAACUUUGAGCAGUACCUGCAGGAGCGCAUCAAGGUGAACGGCAAAGCUGGAAACCUCGGAGGUGGAGUGGUUUCCAUCGAGAGGAGCAAGAGCAAAAUUGCUGUGAACUCUGAAGUUCCCUUCUCUAAGAGGUACUUGAAAUAUCUGACCAAGAAGUAUCUGAAAAAGAACAACCUCAGGGACUGGUUGAGAGUCGUGGCCAACACCAAGGAGAGCUACGAGCUGCGCUACUUCCAGAUCAACCAGGAUGAAGAGGAGGAGGAAGAGGAAGAUUAAACCUAAGACCACUUUUAAUAAAAGUUCAAAAUAAGGUGGAAAAA